CAGAGACUACGUGGUAGAUAUCUCUCAUCUGUCGUAUCUUACUCCUGGUCGCGUCAAAAAUGCAUCGUCAUCCGGGGGAAAUGUCUGCGCUUCCCAGCCUCUCCUGGGCGUCCGAGUCUCCCAGGCGAACAGUCAAGGCUUGUACGAGCUGUCGGCGCGAUAAGAUAAAAUGCGACAAUGAAAGGCCUUGUAGCGGGUGCGUCAAGAAGGGAUAUCCGAAGGAACAAUGUAUCGACGGUUGUGAACCUUGUCGCCGCGCCCGCAAGCGUUGCUGUGGCGGAACACCUUGCACGCGCUGUACAGAGCUUCAGCUUUAUUGCACAGAUGAGCUGCAUCCUCCGGCCUCCCCGCUUGAUGUCACGUCUGGCGCAUCGCAAUCAAGCUCGCCGGAACGUGCUAAGCUGGCAUGCCGUAGCUGUCGACGUGAUAACAAGAAGUGCGAUAACGGGCGCCCCUGCGGUAGAUGCGUUGCAAGAAACGAGGAAUGUGUCAAGGUCGGCCGUGGGCCCAAACAAGUCAAGGUGAGAUGUCAGGGGUGCCGAGAGACAAACCAGCGUUGCGAAGAUGAGAGGCCGUGUCGGUUCUGCGUCGCCACAAGGGUGGAGUGCUUCGACCCGCCGAGGAAAGGGACUGGACAUGGUGUACGAGUCAAAUCUGCUUGCAAAAAUUGCAGACGAGAUAAGGUUCGCUGCGACGGUGAAAGGCCGUGCGUGUCUUGUAGACGCAAAGGCCUGACAUGCAUCGAUGAACAAGUUAGCAACAUACAUGAGAAUCAGGCGAUGGCAGGCACAUCCAGUGAUUCUUUAUCAUUCACCUCUGUCGAUAGUUCAGUCAGGUCUUCGUCUACUGAUGAUUCGUAUCACGCCGAUGUUGAGCGAGAUCUCCCUCCUCUCGUCGGGACAAGGGCAAGUGUGGUUCAGCAGUAUAACUCUAGCCCUACUUUUAUUACUCCACCUCUCGACGAGCGCUCUUCUGCCAUUUUAACGGACUAUUUUUCUUAUCCUGGGCCUGGUGGUUAUUCGGUGAAUUCAUCUACUGUGCUACGUUCCGCUGGAGGCGUUCAUGAAAGGAUGGGACAAUAUUAGAUGUCAUUAGAGUAUUUUAAAUUUUGGGUACAUAUCACUGGACAAUUUACUUGUGUCUUUUCAGUUUCC